UUUUAACAUUGGUGCUCUAUGAUCUCUGGAAGGAGAAAACAAUGUGGGAAGUCUCCCUGAAGUUUAAACUAGACAGGGGUUUGAUACAGAACAUUCUUAAUGGAGCUGUAUCAUUUGCAUCAUGUGUCUUUCACUUCUGUGAGGAAUUGGAAGAAUUCUGGGCAUAUCAAGAACUCCUUGAGACUUUUGUGAGGAAGUUGUCAUACUGUGUUACCAUGGAGCUGAUUCCUCUCAUGGAGAUUCCAGGAGUUAAACAGGGAAGGGCUAGGCAGCUGUUCAAUGCCGGAUUCAAAACACUGGCCCUGGUGGCUAAUGCUGAAACUGAAACACUU